UAGCGUUGGGUCUUGGCCAGGAAGAGACGGAUGGCCAAUUUCAGUGGUCCAGAAUCUUUAAGCCCACUCUACGAAAACUCCAUCCGAUCGACAGCUCACCUACGAGAUAGACGGCACCGAGUUUUUAAUUGUACUAGACUCCUCGAGCCGCCUCUGCGGGAUGGAGACUGAGAAGGACGGCAGUCCUUGGGAUUUUUCGCGGGAUGUUGGGGACAGCCCCAUUGAGGAGCUGCCCUGAUGGGGGCAAGGUCUGAGCCUCUGCUGCUCUCAGAGGCAGCGCCUUCCAGCGUCCCCAGUGUCCGAGUCCCGGGGCAGGGACAAGUCCUGGGGCAAGGGCGGGGCAGGGGUAGGCACAGGGCAGGUCCCGGUGCAGAGGAUGGUAGGGUCAGGGUCAGGUCUUGGAGCAGGGGAUGGCGGGGUCAGGGUCAGGUCACUGCAGGGGUUGGCAGAUACGGGGUCAGGGUCAGGUCUCCGUUCAGGGGAUGGCAGGGACAGGGUCAGGGUCAGGUCUCUGUGCAGGGGAUGGCAGGGACAGGAUCAGGUCCCAGUGCAGGGGAUGGCAGGGACAGGGUCAGGUCUGGUGCAGGGUCAGGGUAGGUCUCCGUGCAGGGGAUGGCAGGGACAGGGUCAGGGUCAGGUCUCUGUGCAGGGGAUGGCAGGGACAGGAUCAGGUCCCAGUGCAGGGGGUGGCAGGGACAGGGUCAGGUCUGGUGCAGGGUCAGGGUAGGUCUCCGUGCAGGGGAUGGCAGGGACAGGGUCAGGGUCAGGUCUCUGUGCAGGGGAUGGCAGGGACAGGAUCAGGUCCCAGUGCAGGGGGUGGCAGGGACAGGGUCAGGUCUGGUGCAGGGUCAGGGUAGGUCUCCGUGCAGGGGAUGGCAGGGACAGGGUCAGGGUCAGGUCUCUGUGCAGGGGAUGGCAGGGACAGGAUCAGGUCCCAGUGCAGGGGGUGGCAGGGACAGGGUCAGGUCUCUGUGCAGGGGAUGGCAGGGACAGGAUCAGGUCCCAGUGCAGGGGGUGGCAGGGACAGGGUCAGGGUCAGGUCUCUGUGCAGGGGAUGGCAGGGACAGGAUCAGGUCCCAGUGCAGGGGGUGGCAGGGACAGGGUCAGGGUCAGGUCUCUGUGCAGGGGAUGGCAGGGACAGGAUCAGGUCCCAGUGCAGGGGGUGGCAGGGACAGGGUCAGGGUCAGGUCCCAGUGCAGGGAAUGGCAGGGACAGGGUCAGAGUCAGGUCUCUGCAGGGGAUGGCAGGGACAGGGUCAGGUACAAGGACAGAUGCAGGGGAUGAUGGGCUGGUACAGGUCCCAGCGUGGGGGCAGGGAUUUACAGCAGGUAUUUGUGAGUCUGUUCCUAGGCCUCGGAUACAUUCAGGGGGUCUCGUGCGCUGUUGGCUCCCUGCCAGUUUCAGAAACAGACGAAGUCUUAGUUGUGUAGUAACCCAGUACAUUUGAACCACAGGCUGCACCCUAUUUUGCAAACUUGGUGGGCAUGUGGGGGCAAGUGGAUGGAGGAGGUGACAUCUUCCAGUUUAUGGUGGUCGUCUCAGUUGCUUAGCCAGCUGGCUGGACUGACCCUCUCUGUCCAGGGCAGACGAGGAGCCUGCUGUCAGAAAGCUUCGAGCCUUGCUGAUGGAGCUUAGAGCCCAGCGAGGGAGCGUAGCUGCCGGCCGCGUGCUGGCGGCUCCCUUCAAAGUAUCGCCCCUUAGAGUAGCGUCCCUUGCCAAACAGGAAAGGUCCAGUUCGACUUAUUUAACUUGACAUUUACACUUGGGUCUCACUGUCCUUCUACUCUGCAGUUAACCAGUUUAAAAACCCGGUUAAGCCGGGAGAGCCGACGCGGGAUCUCGACGACCCCAACCCUUGUCUGCUGGGCCUAGAAUGCGGCUCAAACUCUUAGAGGUUUGAGCCUCACUGCUCUCCGUUUUCCCACCCCGGCGUGGACGUGGACGCGUUCCCGCGCUUUCAGGCGUGAGGGGUCAGAGGGCGCGCCGCUGCGCAGGCGCACGGAGCCGAGGCUGCGGAGGUGGCCAUGGGAGAGGCAGGCGGCGCUGAGGAGGCCUGCCGGCACGUGGGGACUAAAGAGGAAUUCGUUAAAGUCAGAAAGAAGGACCUGGAACGGCUGACAACUGAAGUAAUGCAGAUCCGGGACUUCUUACCCCGAAUACUAAACGGGGAAGUGCUGGAAAGCUUCCAGAAAUUAAAGAUUGUAGAAAAAAACCUGGAAAGGAAUGAGCAAGAAUUAGAGCAACUAAGAAUGGAUCGUGAGCACUUCAAAGCCCGCCUAGAGACCGUGCAGGCUGACAGCAUGAGAGAGAAGAAGGAGAAACUCGCUCUUCGUCAGCAGCUGAAUGAAGCAAAGCAGCAACUGCUACAGCAGGCGGAAUACUGCACGGAGAUGGGGGCAGCGGCCUGUACCCUCCUGUGGGGCGUCUCCAGCAGCGAGGAUGUUGUCAAAGCCAUUCUGGGAGGAGAUAAAGCUUUGAAGUUUUUCAACAUCACUGGUCAAACAAUGGAGAGUUUUGUGAAGUCACUGGAUGGGGAUGUCAAGGAGCUCGAUUCUGAUGAAAAUCAGUUUGUGUUUGCUUUGGCUGGGAUCGUAACAAAUGUUGCUGCCAUAGCAUGUGGUCGAGAAUUCUUGGUUAACUCGAGUCGGGUGCUGUUGGACACCAUACUGCAGCUUCUGGGAGACUUGAAGCCAGGACAGUGUACCAAACUCAAAGUGUUACUGCUGAUGUCCCUGUACAAUGUGAGCAUCAACCUGAAAGGCUUGAAGUACAUCAGCGAGAGCCCGGGGUUCAUCCCGCUGCUGUGGUGGCUUUUGAGUGACCCAGAUGCAGAAGUGUGUCUUCAUGCACUGCGACUCAUCCAGUCUGUGGUCCUGGAGCCAGAAGUCUUCUCCAAGUCGGCCUCCGAGUUCCGGAGCUCCCUGCCCCUGCAGCGCAUCCUGGCCAUGGCCAAGAGCCGCAACCCCCACCUGCAGACCGUGGCCCAGGAGCUCCUGGAGGACCUCCGCGCCCUGGAGCGUGAUGCGUAGGGGCGCUCAGUGUGUCCCUUCCCCUCCCCUGGGCCCCCACUUUGUUCCGAAACCAUCACCGUGUGCCAUGUGUUAUAGAUGGUAGAAUGUGAGUGACUCAAGAGGGACGUGAAUGCCUAUGUAUCCACACAGCUUCCUCCUGGAAGCGAAAGUACCUGUGGGUGGCUGGCUAACCUGGCCAAGGGGCAGCCUGAGGAAGAGUCCAUCCUUCUGGAAAGGCCCAUGUCCUGUCCCUGGAAGAGGGCCUGCUCAGGAGACUUUCUGAGACCUGUGGGUCCCCCGCAUGAAGGGGAAGAAAUAACCACCUGCCUCACUGGUCAGCAUUUUCCUGAGAUACAUGUUUUGAAAAACAGUUCAUUCUCUCUUUAAUAAUUACAAUUAAUACCCUAAAAUGCAAGUUUACCUUUAAGCCUUUUGGUGAACCUGUUAUUUCAGGUGACAUUGGACAGUUUAGUUCCAUUUUUUUGUGCCUGUUUUAUUUUUUAAUAAAACCAGAAGAGUCAUUGAUGUGCACAAGUA